AUGGUGAAGCUGGGAAGCAAUUUGAACGAAAAGAACAAGCAGCAGCCGUCCAAUGAGGAUGGUUUUCAGACGGUUCCUUUGAUAACACCCUUGGAAGUCAAUCACUUACAGUUCCCAGCUCCAGAAAAGGUGAUUGUGAAAACAAGAACAGAAUAUCAACCAGACCAGAAGAACAAAGGAAAACUUAGAGUGCCCAAAAUUGCUGAAUUCACAGUCAGUUUCACUGAUGGUGUAACAGAAAGGUUAAAGGUCACUAUUCUCAUAAGCCUGGCUCUUGCAUUCCUUGCCUGCAUAGUCUUUCUUGUGGUAUACAAAGCGUUUACCUACGACCACAGUUGCCCAGAUGGAUUUGUUUAUAAGCAUAAGAGGUGCAUUCCCGCCUCUCUCGAUGCUUACUAUUCAGCUCAGGAUUCCAACUCCCGGGGCAGAUUCUACACCGUCAUCAGCCACUACAGCAUGGCUAAGCAAACCAGCUCGCGGUCUGUAUCUCCCUGGCUUUCUUCAGGAUCGGUAAAUCAUGAAAAUAAGGCCACUAAGACAGAAGGCCAUUAA